AAACAAUAAGGUUUUAAAGUUCGCAAAAUUAAAACCAUCUUCGACUCUUCCUUGCCGAUUGCAAGAAACAACGAAAGCUUUAACUCUUGAAGCUCAGGAAUGCAGUAGAAUAGACAAAUGGCGGAUCAUAAUGCAGGGUUUGGAAGGCAGUCAGGCCCCUCUGUUCCCACAAAGCCCCUUCCCACUUUUGGAAAUUUCACUCCUCCCGCCUCUUCUUCUUCUCCUUUUGCCAAUACUACUCCAUCUCCCAGGCAACAUGAUGUUGUAGAGAGGACAAGCCCACCUCCUGUGUCUUUUGGGAGCUCCGCUCCAACUGCCGGACUAAACCAAACUUCCAGAGUAAGAAGACCCGAGGCUCCACAGAAAGUGCUGUCACCUCCUUCAGCAUUUGAAAACCCUCAUUCUCUUGCUGGUCCUUCUUACUCAUCUGCAGGGGUCCUUAGAUCCAUUGUGCCUCCUCAUAGAUUGGAUGAUGGGCAAAGAUCUUUCUUCAAAGAUUAUGAUGCCCCAUCUCAUGCCAGGCCUUCUGCAGUGACAUCAGUUGUUGCUUCACCUAAUUCUGGAACUAGUGCCAUGGCUAAGAUUGCCCGAUUCCAAGAACUGAAAAGGACUAGGUCACCUCCUUUACUCUCUGGAGAUGAAGAAUUUUCAAGAAAAUCUAUUCAACCUAUGCAUCCAAGACCAAUUUUAUCUUCUCCUAUGGGGGGUAAUCAUGCCACAUUGCUUGGCAAUUAUCCCAACUUACCUGCUCAUCAAGGUCCGUUCAGAGCCUCGCCUAAUGUUGGUUCUUAUGAUUCUGAAAGAAGUUAUAUGGAGCAAGUUCCUAAUGUGCAAGGCCCAAAACGAACCAAGUUCCCACAUGUGCCAUCGGAAAAUAGACUUUCUUGGGAAAACCCGCGGUUCAAUGUUUUUCACAGUUCCUCUGAUUCUCAAUUUCCUCAGAGGUCUGUGCCAUCUGCAAACAGUACUGGUGUUGCUGCUACCAGGUUCACCAGCUCACCAAUUUCAGAAAGAACUAGGUCUCCUCCACAUUCUUUUGAUGAAGGUCUACACAGAAACUUGAGUUCCACUCAAUAUGAUACUGAACGAGAAAUGCAAGCCAAGGCAAAGCGACUGGCUCGUUUCAAGGUGGAACUGAGUGAAGAUGUGCAAAUCAGUCCUGAUUUUGCUGAUCAAAGAGUUUCUACUGAUAGACAAGAACAGUCUGCUGUGGAGAGGCAAAAAAUUGUUGGGGCACCUUCUUUAGAAUCAUCAAAGGAUUAUCUGAAUGAAAAUUCUUUAUCUGAUUACGAAGGCUUGGAAACAUCCAGUAUAAUUAUUGGGUUGUGUCCAGAUAUGUGUCCUGAGUCAGAAAGGGCAGAGCGAGAAAGAAAAGGGGAUCUUGAUCGGUAUGAACGCUUGGAUGGGGAUAGAAAUCAAACUAGCAAAUACCUUGCUGUUAAAAAGUAUAAUAGGACAGCAGAGAGGGAAGCCAAUUUAAUACGACCUAUGCCAAUCCUGCAGAAGACAGUUGGUCAUCUUCUCGAUUUGCUAGAUAAGCCCUAUGAUGAAAGGUUUCUUGGCUUAUACAAUUUCCUAUGGGAUAGGAUGCGAGCUAUCCGAAUGGACCUGAGGAUGCAGCAUAUUUUUAACCGAGAAGCUAUUACUAUGCUGGAACAAAUGAUAAGGCUUCACAUUAUGGCCAUGCAUGAGCUAUGUGAAUACACAAAGGGAGAGGGCUUUUCUGAGGGAUUUGAUGCACACCUCAAUAUUGAGCAGAUGAAUAAAACAUCAGUUGAGUUGUUCCAGAUGUAUGAUGAUCACAGGAAAAAGGGGAUAAAUGUACCAACAGAAAAAGAAUUUCGAGGUUAUUAUGCACUUCUCAAAUUGGACAAACAUCCUGGGUACAAAGUUGAACCAGCAGAGCUAUCGUUAGAUCUAGCAAAGAUGACUCCGGAGAUAAGACAAACACCAGAAGUAUUAUUUGCCCGUGAUGUUGCAAGAGCUUGUAGAAUGGGAAAUUUUAUCUCCUUCUUUCGACUUGCAAGGAAAGCGAGUUAUCUUCAAGCAUGCCUAAUGCAUGCUCAUUUUGCUAAGUUACGAACCCAGGCACUUGCUUCCCUACAUUCUGGUCUACUGAAUAAUCAAGGUCUCCCUGUUGCCCAUGUUGGGAGGUGGCUUGGUAUGGAGGAAGAGGACAUAGAAAACCUUUUAGAAUAUCAUGGUUUUUUGAUAAAGGAAUUUGAGGAGCAUUAUAUGGUAAAGGAAGGCCAAUUUCUCAAUAGUGACAGUGACUAUCCCACCAAGUGUUCAAAACUUGUCCACAUGAAACGAUCGAAAACGAUGGUUGAGGAUAUUUUGGCUUCUACUCAAGCCAUAUUCUUGCCUACUGAAGCGAAAAAAGAAAUUCAGCUUGAUAAGAUCUAUAAGCAUGACAAAGCAGCCAUUCCUUAUAUUGGAAGGAAAAUCUCAGUCUGUGCAGUUAAUGAAGAAAUGCCUGAUUCUGCAGCCAUUUCACCCCCAAAACAUAGCAGAUCAGUGCCACCCUUAAUUGAGGCAUCGAUGGUUGAUCAGCAAAGUCAAGAUGACCACAAGGUGACUAUGGCUAGUACUUCUCCCUGGAGUUUCUUAGUACCUCAUACUUCCCCUAAACACCAGCCAGCUAGAGUUGUAUCUGAGGAGAAACAAGAUGAUGAUCCUCUUUUCAGAAUGUCUCCAGAGAAUAAGUCUGCUUUUGGCAUGGAAGUUUUUCCUCUUCAAAUUGUGCCAAGAACAUCUCAGCAAGAUAGAUCCCCCAGUUUUAGAAGAUAUGAUUAUUCUGUAGAUAAUGCAUUGCCUCAAGUUGUAGCUAUUAAUAACUUAGAAGAUGAAGAACCUUCCGUUACUUAUCAAGAGAAAGAAAAUGAUGAAGUUAUGAUAGGUGAAAAUGAUGAAGCUAUGGAAAAUGAAAAAGAUGAAGUUAGGGCAAGUUAUAUAGAGGAAGAAGUUGCUCUGGCAAAACUCAAGUUAAUCUUAAGGUUAUGGAGGCGCCAUUCGUCAAAGCUAAAGGAGUUGCGUGAGCAAAGGAAACUAGCUGCAAAUGCAGCCCUAAAUUCGUUGUCACUGGGACCACGAAUUCAAAGGAACAAAGAUCAUUCCUUCACACGUGGCAAGUUUGAUAUUGAUCAUGUCAUGAUAGAGAGAUAUGAGAAACAGGAACGGUCAUGGUCAAAGCUGAAUGUUUCAGAUGUGGUAGCAGGUAUACUCAGAAGAAGAAACCGAGAUGCUAAGUUUCUGUGCUGGAAAAUUAUUCUAUGUUCUCAGGACAGUCAAGAAGGGGAUGAGCACAUGCAGAGGGGGCAGGUUUCACAUUUUGCAGCAGAAUCGUGGUUGUUUUCAAAGCUAAUGCCUCCUAGGAAAGAUUAUGAUGAUGAUCUGCUAGUUUCAUUUCCUGGCCUUUCAAUAUGGAAGAAGUGGCUUCCUAGCCAAUCUGGCUCUGAUUUGACUUGCUGCUUCUCAAUUGUUAAGUCAACAAAAGUUGACCCUCCAAAUAAUACUGUAUCUGGUGUAAGUGCAGUUCUGUUUCUUGUAUCUGAAAACAUCCCAUGGAAGCUCCAAAAAAUUCAACUCCAUAAUCUUCUGAUGUCAAUACCUUCUGGUUCCUGCCUUCCUCUUCUGAUCCUUAGUAGUUCAUGUAAUGAAGAGGUUUUAGAUCCUUCUGCUGUUAUAGUCGAUGGAUUAGGCCUCCGUGACAUUGACAAGUCAAGGGUGAAGAGUUUUGUUGUUAAAUUCCUUGUUGGGAACCAACAAUUGGGUUACUCAGAUGGAUUUUUCAGUGACGAGCAACUAAGGGAAGGGUUGGAUUGGCUGGCAAAUGAGUCACCUGUACAACCUGUUGUUCAUUGUGUCAAGACACGUGAACUCAUCCUGAGUCACCUGGGCUCUGCACUGGAGGUGCUUAAAAAGUUGAGUGAUCAUGAAGUGAGUCCAAAUCACUGUAUAUCAGCCUUCAACAAAGCCUUGGAUCUGUCACGGGACGAAAUUGUGGCUGCUGCCAAAGCAAAUCCUGCCAGUUGGCCCUGUCCUGAGAUUGCAAUAGUGGAGAAUUCUGGUGAUUUCAUCGAGAAUUGUUGUGUGCCAAGCAUAGGAUGGAGCUCUACAGAGAGAACAGAAUCAUUCGAGUGUUCAUUAAAUAACUUAAAACUUCCAGCUUUUCCUGAUGAUAUAUCCUGGUUGAGUAGAGGCUCUAACAUGGGCAAGGAGAUUGAGAUUCAGAGAUCACAACUUGAAAAUUGCUUGAUUAGAUAUUUGACACAAUCAUGCAUGAUGGGAGCUUCACUAGCUAUAAAAGAGGCAUCCAUAAUGCUACAAAGAAGCACAAGGCUUGAGCUUCAAAACUUGAGCUACUACAUGGUUCCAAACUGGGUUGUGAUUUUCCGUCGGAUUUUCAAUUGGCGACUAAUGAGUCUAGCCAAUGGGGCCUUAUCUUCGGCAUAUGUUUUGGAGGAGCAUCUUUCUGCUUUGGCUUUAGAUAAUCUGGAUAAGUCAGGACUUGUAGGUAUGCCUUACAGCGUAAACCAUCUGUCUUUAGAUGAAGUACUGGAAGGUGGCUUCGGCUCUCAUUUGACUCAGUGGACUCACUGUCGGCCCCUUGGAAAUAAAGAGAUUGACAGGCACCAUAUCAAUCCGGAAGUUCAGUGGCAUCUACCAGGGCUAGUCUUAAAUGGUGAAGUUCAAGAACCUGCUAACAUAAUUAACUUAGAAGACGAUGAAAGAAAUUCCCCACAGAAAGAUAAAUUGGUCACGACAGAUGAUGUUUCACAGACUACCAGUAAAUUAAACAACACAGCCACUGAAAUAAUGUUGUCCGAAAAUGUAGAGAGAGAGACUGAAAAUUUAAGUGAUUUGUUUGAGCGAUGCUUCAUGGUGCAGAACACAAAUUACAAAAGGCUGUCGGUGUUUUUCUGAUAUGCUAAUUGCUUGUGAAGAAUUUUGCCCAGUUGAAAUAUGAAUUUUGACAAGUAGAGUCUCUAUUUGUAACAUUAUUCCGAUGUUUUUUUAUAAUGUACACAAAGGUUAUAACGA